AUGUCAGAGUUCAAGAAAACUGCUAUCCUAUCGGUUUAUGAUAAGACAGGUUUGUUAGACCUUGCCAAAGGAUUGGCUGAAAAAAAAGUUCGCAUUCUGGCCUCGGGAGGUACUGCACGUAUGGUUCGUGAAGCUGGGUUUCCUGUUGAUGAUGUCUCAUCCAUUACUCAUGCACCUGAAAUGUUAGGUGGAAGAGUUAAAACUUUACAUCCUGCUGUUCAUGGUGGUAUUUUAGCAAGAAAUUUAGAGAGCGACGAAGAAGAUUUGAAGAAGCAGAACAUUGAUAAAGUUGACUAUGUUGUCUGCAACUUGUAUCCUUUCAAAGAAACCGUUGCCAAGGUUGGUGUUACUGUCGCUGAAGCCGUUGAAGAAAUUGAUAUUGGUGGUGUCACUUUACUAAGGGCUGCCGCUAAAAAUCAUGCUAGAGUUACUAUCUUAUCUGAUCCAAAUGACUAUUCAACCUUUUUGUCGGAAUUGACCGAAGAAGGAGAUGUCACUCAAGAAUUGAGAAAUAGAUUGGCUUUGAAAGCAUUCGAACACACUGCGGAUUAUGAUGCUGCGAUUUCUGAUUUUUUUAGGAAGCAGUACUCCGAAGGUAAAGCACAAUUGCCAUUACGUUAUGGUGCUAACCCUCACCAGAAGCCAGCUCAAGCUUUUGUAGCAUUGCAAGAAGAACUACCCUUCAAAGUUCUAAGUGGAUCUCCCGGCUAUAUCAACCUACUGGAUGCUUUGAACUCUUGGCCAUUAGUUAAAGAGUUAUCCGCAUCUUUGAAUUUACCUGCAGCUGCCUCUUUUAAACAUGUAUCCCCAGCAGGUGCAGCUGUUGGUAUUCCAUUGUCUGAUGUAGAGAAACAGGUUUAUUUCGUCUCCGAUAUCGAAAACCUUUCACCUCUUGCUGCUGCCUAUGCUAGAGCUCGUGGCGCUGACAGAAUGUCUUCGUUUGGUGACUGGAUUGCAUUGUCCAACAUUGUCGAUGUGCCCACUGCCAAAAUCAUCUCAAGAGAAGUCUCUGAUGGUAUCAUCGCUCCUGGUUUUGAGCCAGAAGCCUUGGAAAUGUUGAAAAAAAAGAAAGGUGGUAAAUAUUGUGUCUUACAGAUCGAUCCAAACUACAUCCCUGAUUCUGUUGAAACAAGACAAGUUUACGGUGUCAAUUUACAGCAAAAGAGAAAUGAUGCCAUCAUAAAUAAGUCUUCCUUCCGUGAAAUUGUAUCUGAAAACAAAGCUUUAACAGAACAAGCUGUUAUUGAUUUGACAGUUGCCACCAUCGCAUUGAAAUACACUCAAUCGAACUCUGUAUGCUACGCUAAGAACGGUAUGGUCGUUGGAUUGGGUGCAGGACAACAAUCGAGAAUUCAUUGUACUAGAUUAGCUGGUGAUAAGGCUGAUAACUGGUGGUUCAGACAGCAUCCAAGAGUAUUAGCAUUUAAAUGGGCUAAAGGUGUUAAGAGACCAGAGAAAUCAAAUGCUAUUGAUUUAUACGUUACAGGCCAAAUCCCAACUGACGACCCUGAAAAAUCGGAAUACGAAUCUAAAUUCGAAGAAAUACCAGUUCCAUUGACUGAAGCAGAGAGAAAAGAAUGGAUGUCCAAAUUAACUAAUGUCUCCUUAUCUUCUGAUGCUUUCUUUCCAUUCCCAGACAACGUUUACAGAGCUGUCAGAUCUGGUGUCAAAUAUAUUGCCGCACCAGCUGGUUCAGUUAUGGAUAAGGCUGUUUUUGGUGCUGCUGAUUCUUUCAACCUAGUCUAUGUCGAAAACCCAAUCCGUCUAUUUCAUCACUGA